CUAUAUAUAUCUCUUUCCACUCUUGUUCCAAAACCAAAGGAAAAAAAAAGAAAACUCUUCACAUCAUUUUCUAUUAGUAAGCCAUGGGAGAGGUUGAUCCAGCUUUCGUCCUAGAACCCGAGCACAGGCCUAAACUCUCCAUCACCGAAGCCAAAAGCAUUCCGGUUAUCGACCUCUCACCGGUGGUGAACUCCUCCGGCGAUGGUGAUACCAAAGCUGCGGCCGCAGUGGUCAGAGAGAUAGGCAAGGCAUGCGAGGAGUGGGGUUUCUUCCAAGUGAUCAACCAUGGAAUUCCGCUGGAAAAGCGAGAGAAGGCUUUCGCAGCUUCUGCGGAUUUCUUCGCUCAGUCUUUGGAGGAGAAGAGGAAGGUGAAGAGGGAUGAGUCGUUGAGCUGCGGUUACUACGACACCGAGCUCACAAAGAACGUAAGAGAUUGGAAGGAGGUUUUUGAUUUUCAACUGCAGGAUCCCACCAUUGUCUAUGCUUCACCUGACCCUGAUGACAAGAAAGUCAUUCAAUGGAACAACCAAUGGCCUCAAAAUCCUCCUCACUUCAGGGAAGCAUGUGAAGAAUAUAGUAGGGAAGUGGAAAAGUUGAGUUUUAGAUUGACAGAGCUUAUUGCACUGAGCCUAGGGUUGCCUGCAAAGAGGCUCAAUGAGCAUUUCAAUGACCAAACCAGCUUUCUAAGACUCAAUCACUAUCCACCAUGCCCUUUCCCUGAGCUUGCUCUUGGUGUUGGUCGCCAUAAGGAUGGUGGUGCUUUGACUGUGGUCGCUGAAGACCAAGUUGGUGGAUUGGAAGUCAAACGCAAAUCAGAUGGAGAGUGGGUUCGUAUUAAACCCACCCCUAAUGCUUAUAUCAUCAAUGUUGGUGAUACCAUGCAGGUUUGGAGCAAUGAAAGAUAUCAGAGUGUGGAACACAGAGCGAUGGUGAACUCAGAGAAGGAAAGGUUUUCCAUUCCAUUCUUCUUCCACCCAGCACACUACACUGUAGUGAAGCCAUUAGAGGAAUUGAUUGAUGAGCAAAAUCCUCCAAAGUAUAAGCCCUUCAGCUGGGGCAAGUUCCUCGCUCAUAGGAAGCUCACUAACUACAAGAAACUCAAUGUUGAAAACCUCCAGAUUUCCCAAUUCAGAAUACAGGAUUAAGCUGGCCGGUAUUGAAACUUGGAGGGCUACCCUACAUCUAUAGCUAGCUAUAUAUAUAUAUAUAUAUAUAUAUGUAUAUAAGAAAUAAUGGAUGUCUUAAUUAAAUUUUAGUAUGGAUAUAAACUUAUUCAAUUAAAGAUAUGCAGCUAUUUUAAAAUAUAUGCUUAUCUUUAAUUGGAUAUGUUUGAGUUCACAUAAAAUUUUUAUUAAGAUAUCCUGGUUAGAGACUUACUAAAAGAAAUAACUAGUUGGUUAGCCCAACUUCUUGUAUGAUGUUGUAGUUCUAUGUUGCAUCUUAAUGGACAAAAACAAAUAGAAAGCAUCCUGCCUGUUUAGGGUAGGAAUUGAGACUUUCAGAAUA